AUGACAGGUCGCCUUGGAUUGAUGGCCAAGCAGUGGGGCUGGACACAAAGUCGGCGGCCCAAAAAGAGUGCUGAAUUUUUGCUGCACAUGCUUAAAAAAGCAGAGAGUAAUGCUGAACUUAAGGGUUUAGACGUAGAUUCUCUGGUCAUUGGGCAUAUCCAAGUGGACAAAGCACCUAAGAUGCGCCGCCGGACCUACAGAGCUCAUGGUCGGAUUAACCCAUACAUGAGCUCUCUCUGCCAUAUUGAGAUGAUCCUUACGGAAAAGGAACAGAUUGUUCCUAAACCAGAAGAGGAGCUUGCCCAGAAGAAAAAGGUAUCCCAGAAGAAACUGAAGAAACAAAAACUUAUGGCACAGGAGUAA